AUGGGUGCCCUCUUGUCUUUACCGCUGAUGGCGCUGCCCAGCGUGGGCACGCUCAUCACCCUCGGCGGUUCAUGCUGCGGCGCUGCGACUUGCUCUGCGGUCUGCAGUGCAUGCGGAAAAUUCCAGAAUAGUAUGGCAACACGAAUCGCAUACGCUUUCAUCCUGUUGAUCAAUUCCAUCGUGUCUUGGAUCAUGCUUACGCCAUGGGCUAUGAAGAAAUUGCAACACUUGACUCUCGAUUAUAUGGAAAUCAAAUGCGACGGCAAGGAAUGCCACGGUUGGGUUGCGGUCCAUCGCAUCAAUUUCGGUCUCGGUCUCUUCCACUUGAUCAUGGCACUUUUACUCCUUGGCGUCAAAAACACCCGGGAUAGCCGUGCAGCACUCCAGAAUGGGUUCUGGGGCCCGAAGAUCUUGAUCUGGCUGGGCUUUGUCGUCAUGUCCUUCUUUAUCCCCGAGUCCUUCUUCUUCGUGUACGGCAACUACAUCGCCUUCUUCUGUGCGAUGCUCUUCCUGCUGUUGGGUCUGAUCCUCCUGGUGGAUCUUGCCCACUCCUGGGCCGAACUUUGCCUACAGAAGAUCGAGGAUAGUGACUCGCGCAUGUGGCGCGGCCUGCUGAUCGGAUCAACCCUUGGCAUGUAUCUGGCCUCGCUUGUCAUGACGAUUCUGAUGUACAUCUUCUUCGCCAAGAGCGGGUGCUCCAUGAAUCAGGCUGCGAUCACGGUCAACCUUAUUGUCUUCCUGAUCAUCUCGGCGGUGUCGGUUCAGCCGGCCGUUCAAGAGUCCAACCCUCGUGCCGGCUUGGCCCAAGCUGCUAUGGUCACGGUGUACUGCACCUAUCUCACGCUCUCCGCCGUCUCGAUGGAGCCGGAUGACAACAACUGCAACCCCUUGGUCCGGUCGACUCAAACCCGGACUGCGACCAUCGUCCUAGGUGCAAUUGUGACCAUGGCCACCGUUGCGUAUACCACCACGCGCGCAGCUACUCAAGGAAUUGCGCUAGGCUCGAAGGGUGGACAUGGCUAUAUUGAGCUUGGGGAUGAUAACGAGCACGGACUGGUCACCCAACAGCCCAACACCCGUCGGGAGAUGCGCGCUGAAGCUCUCCGAGCUGCUGUCGAGAGCGGUAGUCUGCCAGCUAGUGCCUUGGAUGAGAGUGAUGACGAGGACGACUUUGAGACUAGCAGCAAGGAUGACGAGCGUGGCUCAACCCAGUAUAGCUACACUCUCUUCCACAUCAUCUUCUUCCUUGCUACGACCUGGGUGGCCACUCUGUUGUCACAGGGCCUUACGGUUGACACCAACGUGGACUUUGCUCCGGUCGGCCGGACUUACUGGGCCAGCUGGGUGAAGAUUUUCAGCUCUUGGGUGUGCUACGCAAUUUAUCUCUGGACGCUGGUUGCGCCAGUGGUCUUGCCUGAUCGCUUUGCUGCGUUCUAG